GUGGACAUUUGACAGAAGCCGGAAACCAAAAUAAUUAAAUAACUUUUGUGGGAGUUUUUCUAGUUAUCUCAUGGUCCAUUUUAAUUAUUGAGAAUUAUUUUAUAUUUUAGUGGGCAUUACAUUACAUUACAACAGAGAUUGUGAACGUAUUACAUACAGUCUCUAGAGCAAUUAAUUAUACAUUAUGUUGGUAUUAGUCCUUGGUGAUUUGCACAUUCCGCAUCGUUGCAGUAGCUUACCUGCCAAAUUUAAGAAACUGUUGUUGCCUGGUCGUAUACAACAUAUUCUCUGUACUGGUAAUCUAUGUACAAAAGAAUCAUAUGACUAUUUGAAAACACUUGCCAGUGAUGUACAUGUUGUUAGAGGUGAUUUUGAUGAGAACACCACAUAUCCAGAGCAAAAAGUUAUAACAGUUGGUCAGUUCAGAAUUGGUCUUAUUCAUGGUCAUCAAGUUGUGCCAUGGGGAGAUGAAGAAUCUUUAGCUCUAAUACAGCGUCAGCUAGAUGUAGAUAUAUUAAUCUCCGGGCAUACCCACAGAUUUGAGGCUUAUGAACAUGAAAACAAGUUUUAUAUAAACCCUGGAUCAGCAACUGGUGCAUACAAUCCUAUGUUCAGAAAUGCCACACCAUCAUUUGUGUUAAUGGACAUCACUAGCUCAACUGUUGUGACAUAUGUGUAUAAACUGCUCGGUGACGAAGUGAAAGUAGAAAGAAUUGAAUAUAAGAAAGCUUAAACAGUUAUAUUGUAAUCUUAAGAAUUAUUAUGAGGUAGAUAUUACAUGAAAACUAUACAUUUUAUUUUAGGUAUUAAAUGGUUUUGGCAUGGCAUUUGCUAAAUGUAAAUUAUAGUAAGCUGUAAGAAAUGGAAAUCUCUAAUCAAAUGAAAUCAUAUAUUAUUUACUGAAAUAUGAAUUAUUAUAUUUAUUUUAGGUCAGACUUGUUCAUAUGACAGAGUUUAGACAGGUUACCAUCAUGGCAAUAAAGUUAAAUGCAGCUGUAUGAUUAAAGUUCUUUAUUAUAUAAUAAGUGUAGUGUAAGGUGGCUAGAGUGAAGUGUGGGCAAAAGUGCACUUUAAUUGGAACAAUGUCUAUUAUGGCCAUGCCAUCUUACAUUAACAUAACUGUAUUAAAAAUAACAUGAACUGUAUUUAAAAAUAAAUUCUCAGUCUUCUGCAUUUUAAAAGGCACUUAGAAAUUUAAUUUAAUUAUUAGGGCAUUCAAUUGUUUGAGAUGUGUAGAAUCUGUCUGUUUUUGUAAUUUUAGUAUUCAGUCAUUGCAUCUAGGCUUUGUGUACAUAUUGUAUUUGAAAAUUAUUUUAUACCAUACUGUAUUCUUGUUUUGUGUCAUAAUAAUUGAAAAAAUCGUAUUAUUACUUUAAAUCAAUUUUUAUUAUUAUAUAAUGAAUGUAUAUUCAUUCACUCGAGAUUCUAUUCCAACCCAAGAAUUUUUAUGACACCUUUUAAUGAACCAGCUGCCCACUGAAAUAUUUCCGAACCAAUUCGACUUAGGGUCCUUCAACAAGAGAAGAAUCUUUAAAAGCCCGGCAACGCACUCGCAAGCCCUCUAGCAUCGAGAGUGUCCAUAGGCGGCGGUAUGACUUAA